AUGGUCCGUCUUAAACAUCGUUAUCUGCUUGUCAACAUUCUCUACCCGACCCAGACAGGUUCGGAGCAGAAGCACGGAAAUGAAAACGACUUCCACCUACAGGUCCAUCGCCCGACGGCGGAUGCACUCACGCCGCAGGCCCUCGCUAGGAUGGUCAGAGAAAGCGUAGCUGAGAUGUUUGGUGACUGGGGGAUGGGCAAGCUGGGAGGUGCUGGCGCCGGUGCGGUCAGUGUGAAAUAUCUAUCGCCUGCGACGUCAACAGCUAUAAUACGAUGCCCUCGUGCGAGUUACCGUCUGGUCUGGUCGGCCCUGACUUAUUCGUCAAGCCUGCCGCCAGCGUAUCGGGCUUCCGCUGAUGGCCAGCGGCAAGGGUGUGUCUUCCGUGUGGUGCGAGUCUCCGGUACGAUGAAGAAGGCAGAGCUAGAAGCUAUCCGGAGGGCUCGCGCCGAAGUCGUCAGGUUAACGAAGGAAUGGGAGAACGGGGGCAAGGCUGCACUAGAGGGCAUGUUUACUGAUGGCCCUGCUGCGCUAGACAACGGGAUAGAGAGUGAGAGUGAAGACGACAGCGACGCUGAUUGA